CCAUCCGCCCCACACUUUUUGACCAGUCUCGUCGCGUUCGCGUUCUUCCCACGCAAAACUCAAACCCCUCCCAACGCUACCGGGCGAGCCAGACCAACCCCUCCUCAAACCCUAAGCUCACCGGCGGCGGCGGCGGCGGAGAUGGACCCCGACGGAGUGGCGAAGGCGUUCGUGGAGCACUACUACCGCACGUUUGACACCAGCCGAGCUGCGCUGGUGGGGUUGUACCAGGAGGGCUCCAUGCUCUCCUUCGAGGGCGAGAAGUUCAUGGGCGCCACCGCCAUCGCUGCCAAGCUCACCUCCCUCCCCUUCGAGAAGUGCGCCCACAGCGUCGUCACUGUCGACUGCCAGCCGGCUGGCCCCACGGGCGGCAUGCUCGUCUUCGUCUCCGGGUCGCUCACCGUCGGCGAAGGCGAGCACGCCAUCAAAUUCUCGCAGAUGUUCCACUUAAUGCCAGCUGGACCAGGGAAUUUCUACGUGCAGAACGACAUGUUCCGCCUGAACUACGGCUAAGAACUUUCCCAGAGGUUGUUCUCCCCCGUGAAAGAUAGAAAUGUUUUCCAAAAGAAACAAACUGGUUGUGGUUUUUGUGUUGAAUGGUGCAAACUUUAUGUUGCUUUCUUCUCAGCAACUCUUGAGAUUUGUUGGGGAGAAACAUGACACCAGUAUGGGUCUGGAUCUGUAUUGUACUAUGGUUAUUCUCACAGCGAUUGGUGAAGGUCGUGUGAAACACUUGGCAGUUCUGUUCUGAGUUUUCCUGAUUCCAGUGAACUUGAGAAAUUUGUUUGUUCCGA